AUGGCAUCAAGCACAUUAUUCAGUGGUACAAAUUCUGGAACUCAAGUGGGACAGAAUCAUGGUCACAUCACUGCUCAGUUUCUACAAUUGGAAACAUCAAGACAAGCAUCAUUAGACCAAGCCUGCCUGCGGGAUUUGCGAACGACCAAUCCUGACGAUGAUAUGAAGCGAAUCAAGAACACCUACGGAGGCCUUCUCAGAGACUCGCAAAACAAUGCUCCUGUGUCCACGGGUGGUAUUAUUGAGGAGUUGGCUCAAAUGAAUCGAGACAACACUGCAACUAUCUCUGUUUUUUUCUGCCAAGCUACCGAUAUACGUAUCAACAAUGCUACAGCUGUUCUACGUGGCUUGAUAUACUUACUUGUUAUAACGCGCCCAUCUCUGCUGGUCCAUGUACGGAGUCGGUACGAUCGAGCUGGAAAGGCUCUAUUCGAGGAUAUGAAUGCGUGGAGUGCACUUUCAGCAAUCUUUACAGAUAUUCUGGAAGACCCGGCUUUGGAGGAUGCAUUUAUUGUGAUUGAUGCGCUAGAUGAGUGCAUAUAUGGUCUUUCUUUCCUUCUGGAUCUGAUCGUUCAAGAGUCGAUCAUCCACCCGAGAGUGAAGUGGAUCGUCUCUAGUCGCAACUGGCCUGAAAUCACAGAGCGCCUUGACUCUAACCAAAUAUCUGCAAUACCACUAGAGCUUAACGAAGCAUUCAUUUCCGAAGCCGUGAACAGAUUUAUCAAGCACAGACUCUACGAAUUGACGAAAAUCAAAAAUUAUAGCGAUGAAACUCGCGCUUCGGUCAAUGGCUACCUAUUAUCAGACUCGCAAGGCACUUUUUUAUGGGUAUCAUUGGUUUGUCAAGAACUUUCUAAAACUCUACGGUGGAAUACUCUUAAGAAGCUAGAAGCGUUCCCUCCAGGACUAGAUGCCUUAUACGGUCGCAUGAUGGAUAGAGUUCUCGACUCGGAGAAUGCCGACAUCUGCAUACAACUGUUAGCUCUCGUCUUAAUAGUCUAUCGCCCGAUAACUAUGGAUGAACUAUGCAUGAUGAUUGAAAUGCCUAUUGUUAUCCCUGAUGAUCAUGAAGCCUUAUCAGGAAUUAUAGCAAUGUGUGGCUCAUUUCUCGCCUUACGCCAGAAUACCAUUACGUUUAUUCAUCAGUCUGCGAAGGAAUUUUUGCUACAAGAGGCACCGAAUAAGCUCUUUCCUAGAGGCAUUGAAGAUAAGCACCAUCUGGUUUUCAUGCGAUCGUUAAAGUCUUUGUUCCAAACACUGCAACGUGACAUCUGCAGUAUCAAGGCUCCAGGUUUUCCAGCUAGGCAAGUUGAAAAGCCAAGUCCGGAUCCCCUAAGAGCUACACGGUAUGCGUGUAUCUACUGGGUUGAGCAUCUACAGGCUAGCUGGGGGAACCAAACUAUGCGCUCUAGCCUUGAUGAUGAAGGAUAUAUUGAUGGCUUUCUGCAAAAGAAAUACCUCAAUUGGCUCGAGGCACUUAGCAUUUUAGGAAGCAUUUCAUACGGCAUCCAAGCUAUGCAAAAGCUUGAGAUUAUAAUUCAGAUAUGUGAGAAAAGCAAGUCACAGGUCCUGCUGAAUCGCGCUCGAGACGCUUCUAGGUUCAUUCAAUAUCACAAAACAGCGAUUGAAAGCAGCCCUCUGCAAGUAUAUUAUUCACCUUUGAUUUUCAGCCCAAGAGAGAGUCUUACAAAAAUAUGCUAUCAGCACAAGAGACCAGUUUGGCUUUUGAAUGAUCCAAUGGUGGUGGAAAAUUGGAGUCUAUGUCUUCAAACCUUUGAAGGGCAUAGUAAGGAAAUCACCCAGAUUGCCUGGUCCCCAGAUGGAAGUCGACUCGCAUCAGCAUCAGAGGAUGCUGUCAGAAUCUGGAGCCCAGCUACUGGCCAGUGUGCGUCAACAAUCCAUAUCAGCUCUCCUAUCAACUCUCUCAGCUUUCUUAAAUUCGACGCAGCCAAUUCCUAUCAGUUGCACACGAAUAAUGGUACACUUGAUAUAGGUCCAGUUGGUUCUUUUACGAAAUUGUCUCACUGGCCCACCUUGCCAGAUCUACAUGGAUAUGGCCUGAAAGAUGACAAGUCUUGGAUUACCUAUAACGGAGUCAAGAUACUAUGGGUGCCUGUCGAGUAUAGGUUUGCCUAUCUCUAUCCUUCUUCUACACUGCCAGCAAAAUUGGUGAUCGGAUGCUCAACGGAAGGUCGUUGUAUAUUUCUCAUUCUUGCGGAAUCUAAUGACAUGGCUGGCCCUUCCAAGGUUGAUUGA